UCUGUCUGUUCUGACCUGUCGGAUUGGAAUGUCAUUGCCUUCCAUCCGUACCGUUUUGUGCUAUCGUGUAGUUUGACCCACCAAAUCGCAUAGAAAGUAUAACGCCAAUUAUAAAUCAAAAGUGUAAUGUACUAAAUUAUCAACAAUAAAAAUGUUUGCAACAAAAAUGGGUCGUGUUGUUAAGUACGGUUUGUUCGGAAGCGUUGCUAUAGGAAGCGUUAUGGCUCUGCGACUACACGAAGAUGAUUAUAAUUCUAUAGCAAUAGUGCGAAUUACUAGGACAGCACGUACUGCAGUGGAUAUAGGAAGGAUGUAUCAGUCAAUGCUGUAUAGUCAAGAUUGGGACACAACUUCUAAAGAGUACCAAGAAAUCAGGAGUAAGGCUCAUAAAAUGGGCGCAAUGAAACUUCUCGAGUUGUGCAAAGCAAAUAAAGGAGUUUACAUAAAAGUUGGUCAACACGUAGGAGCCUUAGAUUAUUUGCUUCCAAAUGAAUAUGUACAUACUAUGCGAAUACUACAUAAGGAUGCUCCACAAAAUAAUGUUGAACAGUUGUACAAAGUUAUCAGAGAAGAUUUAAAAAAAGAUCCAAAAGAUUUAUUUGUUGAAUUUGAUCCCGAGCCUUUAGGCACAGCAUCUUUAGCACAAGUACAUAGAGCAAAACUUAAAGAUGGGACAGAGGUGGCAGUGAAAGUUCAGCACUAUUUUGUAAGAGAAAACAUUGCAAUGGACUUACGAUGGAUGGAAUUCAUCAUAACAACAAUGUCUAAGAUUUUCCCUGAGUUCCAAAUGCAAUGGCUAGUAGAUGAGACGAAGAAAAACAUUACUAAUGAGUUGAAUUUUUUACAAGAAGGUCAUAAUGCAGAGAAAGUUUCGGAACUAUUUUCUCAAUAUGAAUGGCUGAAAGUGCCUAAGAUAUAUUGGAAAUAUUCUACAGAAAGAGUACUAGUUAUGGAGUAUGUUCAUGGUGGUCAAGUGAAUGACUUAAAUUAUAUUAAUAAAAAUUGUAUAGACAGAAUGGACUUGUGCCAAAAGCUUGGAGAUUUGUAUUCUCGCAUGAUAUUUGUGACUGGCUUUGUUCAUAGUGACCCACAUCCUGGCAACAUCCUUGUGAAUAAAGAACCUAAUUCAGAUAAAGUUAUAGUGUACCUACUGGACCACGGUUUGUAUGCUCAACUGACAGACAAGUUCCGGUACAACUAUUCCAAGCUUUGGCUGUCAAUAAUAUCCCGGAAUCGUGCAGAUAUGCAGAAGUUUUCGGAGGCAUUGGGAAUACAGUCUGAUUUAUAUGGAUUGUUCACUUGCAUGGUCACAGGCAGACCGUGGGAUUCCAUCAUGAAGGGAAUCGAAAAGACCAAGCCGACGAAAGAGGAGAAAGUAGUCUUCCAAAACGAGCUCCCGAACUUCCUCCAGCACAUAACGACUUGUCUCGAGACUGUAGACAGACAAGCGUUGCUCGUGUUGAAAACAAACGACCUUAUAAGAAGCAUAGAGUAUGCGCUCGGGUUGCACGAGAGGAUGUGUGGGUUCUUGAUCAUGACCAAAUAUUGUAAUGAAAGUGUUUACAAGGCUGAGUAUAACAAUUCGAAUUCGAAAAUAAGGAAACAGUACUUGAGAGCUAAAUACGCGUGGUCGUUGCUCAUACUCUACAUUUAUGGCUUCUACCUUAACUUGUUACACAGAUUCGAUCCAUGCUGACCAAAAAGUAUUAGUUAAAUUAUUUAUUACAGUAGAAAUAGUCUAAAACUUCACCAAAAACCCAGUAUAGGUAGUGUAGUCUUAAAAAUGGUGCUUAGUAAAAAUAAACUGUCUUAGUAAAGAUUUGAUUAGGGGUAGUGUAUCAUAAUUCCUAGUCAAAUAUAGUCCAAAAAACUGUACCUCAAUGAAUCACCGUAAACAUUCUGUACAUAAAGUAUUGUUGUAACUUGUAAAUAUUAAUCAAUAUAUCCAACAUGUUGUAGCAUACAAGAUUCUUAUAUUUAUACAAUGCUGUUUUUGUUUUACGAAAUUAUAAUAAGUUAUACUUAAUAAUUUAUUUAUUUACUUUCGCAAA